AAAGUUGUUUUUGGCUUUGGGUCUUCUUCAGUGUUUCCGAAACACUCAAAGGUUAAGAUGCUUGCGGAUAUUUGGAAAUGAUUUUUUAUUUACGCCGAAUGUAAAAUAUAUUUUCUGAUUUUAUUUACACAUUCAAACGUCGACGAAUAAUAUGACUUGCUUUCACUUGGAUGACUUUUUAGCUGGAUGGAUAGGAGGUGCCUCCAGUGUAAUUGUGGGACAUCCACUUGACACUGUUAAGACACGUUUACAAGCAGGAAAGGGAUACAAGAACACUCUCCACUGUAUUGUGACUAUCUACAAAAAAGAAACAGUCACUGGCUUCUUCAAAGGCUUGUCUUUCCCGCUAGUUAGCAUCACACUGUACAACUCCAUGGUGUUUGGAUUCUUCAGCAACUCUCAAAGACUGAUUAACAAGCUUCGUGAUGGUGAGGGGAGGCAAAGCACAAGCAUGCUGGAUGUGACUGUGGCCAGUAUGACAACAGGCCUGGUGUCAGUAAGUGUGGGAGCCCCAGUGGACCUGGUCAAGAUAAGGCUGCAAAUGCAAACGAAGUCUGUUCUUGCAGAAAACCUUACCUUUGCUGGCAAUGGCAGCAUCCCUCUUCGCUCAGUGGGCCUCCAAGUCCAGCCUGUCUACAGAGGUCCCCUCCACUGCAUCAGCAGUGUCCUGCAGACCGAAGGCAUGCAAGGGCUGUACAGAGGGGCAGGAGCCAUGGUACUGCGGGACGUGCCCGGUUAUGCCCUUUACUUCAUCCCAUACACACUGUUCUCUUCCUGGCUAAACCCUAAUGGGAAUAGCUCCCCCCAUCCUUGCUGUAUAUGGCUUGCUGGAGGUUUAGCAGGAGCUAUAUCCUGGGUGACGGCAACUCCAGCUGACGUGGUUAAAAGUCGAAUGCAGGCAGACACCAUGCAUCACAGGAAAUAUAAAGGAAUUGUCCACUGUAUCAUACAAAGUUACAAAACAGAGGGACUGCAUGUUUUUUUUCGUGGUGCCAUUGUAAAUGCUAUUCGAGGAUUUCCCAUGAGUGCAACUAUGUUCCUGGGCUAUGAACUUUCUCUCAAGUUUUUUCGAAGCCUGUAACAAUCUUCCAUUACUCCAGUUAACAGAAAGACUGACUAGUUUCUAAUGCCAAGAAUAUUUACCCAAGAGAUCACCAUUAGCCAGUAUUGAAUUUAUGGGGAUUUAUUUCUUAUAUUAAGAAAGGACCUACAUAGGAUAUGAUUUACAGAUUUUAAACCUGGUUUUACUGGAGGAUUUUAAUAUAUUUUGGAGUCCAUUUACUAAUUUCAUAUGUUACCUAUGGUUACAUGGCUUCAUUGAAAACACUGAUACUGCCUUUAAUCAAUGUUUCAAAAUGCUGUCCUUGCAUGAUUUGUAGAUACAAAUAUCAGGAUUUGAUCCUGAAUGUUUAUAUGUGCAGUAUAAUAAUUCAGAAAAUUGCUUUCAAUAAAGAUAAUUUUAAUAAGCAAAAUCUGUUUUUUCACCCAAACCUGUUGCAUUGGUAUAUAUAUAUGUUUAUUGAUUUGUAUGUUUAUUGAUUAGUACAAAAAUGAAGACCUUUAUGGCAUAUACACUGUUAUAAAUUGAUUGCAAAUGGAAAAAAUCAUAUUGACAGGUAUUUUUCACAAUGGAUACACACAGCUCACAAGUGAUUUCAUAAUGUUUGACAAAAAGGUUUUCUCCAAUAAGCCUUUCAGUUUAGCGCAGUACCUACACAGAUAAAGCUUGUUUGAAGAACUAUCAGGGGAGAAAUGGACAUUGUCACAUGCAUUAUAGAUUUAAGAUUCAAACAAGAAAACGUCAACUCAAAGUAAUUUCAUGAAUUAUUAAUUAAA